GGGCCGGAAUCUUAGAACCCACGGCCCGCAGGGGUCCCCGCGGCCGCCGCGAUGCAGAAAUACGAGAAACUGGAGAAGAUUGGGGAAGGCACCUAUGGAACAGUGUUCAAGGCCAAAAACCGGGAGACUCAUGAGAUCGUGGCUCUGAAACGGGUGAGGCUGGAUGACGAUGAUGAGGGUGUGCCGAGCUCGGCCCUCCGGGAAAUCUGCCUACUCAAGGAGCUGAAGCACAAGAACAUUGUCAGGCUUCAUGAUGUCUUGCAUAGCGACAAGAAGCUGACUUUGGUUUUUGAAUUUUGUGACCAGGACCUGAAGAAGUAUUUUGACAGCUGCAACGGUGACCUCGAUCCCGAGAUUGUGAAGUCAUUCCUCUUUCAGCUGCUAAAAGGCCUGGGAUUCUGUCACAGCCGCAACGUGCUGCACAGGGACCUGAAGCCCCAGAACCUGCUAAUAAACAGGAAUGGGGAGCUGAAAUUGGCUGAUUUUGGCUUGGCUCGAGCCUUUGGGAUCCCCGUUCGCUGUUACUCAGCUGAGGUGGUCACGCUGUGGUAUCGCCCACCGGAUGUCCUCUUUGGGGCCAAGCUGUACUCCACGUCCAUCGACAUGUGGUCAGCUGGCUGCAUCUUUGCAGAGCUGGCCAAUGCUGGGCGGCCUCUUUUUCCUGGCAACGAUGUAGACGACCAGUUGAAGAGGAUCUUCCGGCUGCUGGGGACGCCGACUGAGGAGCAGUGGCCUGCCAUGACCAAACUGCCAGACUAUAAGCCCUACCCAAUGUACCCAGCCACAACAUCACUGGUGAAUGUCGUGCCCAAGCUCAAUGCCACAGGGAGGGACCUGCUGCAGAACCUUCUGAAGUGUAACCCUGUCCAGCGCAUCUCAGCAGAAGAGGCCCUGCAGCACCCCUACUUCUCCGACUUCUGUCCCCCCUAGGCUGCAGGACCCCUGGCCGCCAGGCUGGGGCCUGGCCUGUUUAAGCCCCCUCCCAGGAGGGGAGGCAGUUGGGGUGCAUGGAGUGCCGCGCCCUGGCUGUGCUGGGCCGGCCGGGGUGGAGGUGCUGAACCGUGCUGUUCACUCCCUCCGUGGACUUUAUUUAAUUCCAUAAAUUGGCUCCUUUCCCACAGUCCGGCUGAUGUGGUAGAAUGGCUCUGGAGGGGGCAGGGGCCUCUGCUCCCCUUUGUCACCCUCUGCACCCCUUCCUCCAGCUAAACAACGCGGCCGGGACCCUCCCCCUGCACCUGAUGGCUGGGGUCAGGGUGGCGCUGUCCCCACACAUGGUGCUUACACACUCGUGCACACCCUUCCUCCUCCUGCCCAGGCAGGCCUGACACAGUGCGAGGGGGCGUGUGGCCAGGUGUGAGAGCAAGGGUGGGCUUCCACCGGCAUGGGGGGGAGGGCUAGGCCCUCGUGGUUCUUCAUACCCCAUGUGCACCUCCUGUCCCUUCCUUCUUUAUCCCCCCAUCUCCAGGCGUGCAGACUGGGACAGGAGAGACCCAAAGAUGUGGUUCCUUCAGGAGCGCCCCUCCCCCACCCCCUUAUUGUCAGUGUUCCAAUGUUUGGGGUGCGGUGAAAGGGAACUGAGGGGGAGAGAGGGGUCCCCCACCUGCACUGCCUCAAGCUGGGGCCUUUGGCUCUUGUGGGGAGGUUGGGGAAGCAAGAACUGUUCCCGUGGAGAUGGGUCAUGUGCCACACAAACGUGAGAAAAGGAGUCACGAUCUUCGAAGGCAGCACAACAGCUUGUGUUCCUGGAAGUGGAACCGCCCCUCUGUCCCCUCCCUGCCUCCUGCUCACUGUUUGCUGGGCUCUGGGUCAGAACCUUCUCCCAGCUAUACCCGACAGCACAGUUGGUCCCCGCUGACUGUGACUACCUCUGUGCGUCACACCCGAGCCAUGGGCUUGGGGGAUCCCUGUCCUCCCUGCUCUUUGAGAUGUCAGCCUGAUAAACUUCUCAAACUGGA